UGUGGUAGUGGAGGAAGCAAUAUGUCUGCCUACAGGACCCAGAUUAGCAAAAGCAAAGAUCCCUCGAGUCUACUUAUCUCUGUUAUCAGGACUCUUUCAACUAGUGAUGAUGUUCAAGACAGAGAGACUGAGAAAAGCCGUCUGGAGGAAGCUUAUGAAAAGUGUGAUCGAGAUCUGGAUGAUAAGAUUGAACAACACUUUACAGAGCUCACAACAGCCAUUCGCACUUAUCAGAGCAUUACUGAACGGAUCACCAACUCGCGCAAUAAGAUCAAGCUGGUAAAAGAAAACCUUUUGUCCUGUAAAAUGCUGCUUCACUGUAAACGUGAUGAGCUGAGGAAGCUUUGGAUUGAGGGCAUAGAACACAAACAUGUCCUUAACCUCUUGGAUGAAAUUGAGAACAUCAAACAGGUGCCCCAGAAACUGGAACAGUGCAUGGCCAGCAAACAUUAUCUCAGUGCCACAGACAUGCUGGUUUCUGCAGUGGAGUCGUUGGAUGGACCAUUACGUCAGGUGGAAGGGCUCAGUGAUUUACGGCUAGAGCUUCAUAGUAAGAAGAUGAACAUGCAUUCUGUUCUGAUUGAUGAGCUACACCGCCAUCUUUAUAUUAAAUCUACCAGCCGUUUGGGAAAAUGGAACAAGGACAAGAUAAGAAGCAGCUCACUUUUAAAGGAUUCUCCAGGUCCUCUUCUUGAUGUCACCAACUUGUCUACUCCUCGUAAGUUCCUUGAUAGCUCUCAGUUUGGGACUCCAAGCUUCACAAGUAGUGUUAAAGAGCUAAGCCUCGGUGACAUAAAGGAGGAACCUGAUUCUGACCCAGAGGAGAACAGUAUAGUAUUUAUGGGAAUUCUCAUCAAAGGUCUGGCUAAACUGAAAAAGAUUCCAGAAACUGUGAAGGCGGUAAACGAACGUCUGGAGCAGGAGCUGAAGCAUAUUGUGAAGAGGUCCACCACUCAGGUAGCAGACAGUGGCUAUCAAAAAGGAGAGAAUACCACCCAAGAAAAUCAGCCACGACUGCUCCUGGAACUAAUGGAACUAUUAUUUGAUAAGUUUAAUGCUGUGGCAUCAGCCCACUCUGUGGUUCUUGGAUAUCUACAGCAAACUGUGGCUUCACCUACCAACCAAUAUGAUGGGGAUAUCAAGUUGUAUGAUAUGGCUGAGGUCUGGGUGAAGAUACAGACAGUCCUUCAGAUACUGCUGACUGAAUACCUGGACAUGAAGAACACCAAAACCUCCUCCGAACCAUCAGCCCAGCUUAGUUAUGCUAGUACUGGGAGAGAGUUUGCUGCCUUCUUUGCAAAGAAAAAGCCUCAAAGACCAAAAAACUCUCUUUUUAAGUUUGAGUCAUCGUCUCAUGCCAUCAGUAUGAGUGCCUACUUAAGGGAGCAGAGAAGAGAACUGUACAGCAAGAGUGGGGAGCUUCAAGGUGGUCCUGAUGAUAAUUUGAUAGGUGGUGGAGCAAGGUUUGUGUGCAAACCAGGAGCCAGAAAUAUCACCACAAUCUUCCAUCCAUUGCUCAGAUUUAUCCAAGAGAUCGAACAUGCUAUGGGACUGGGGCCAAACAAGCAGUGUCCUCUACGUGAAUUUCUCACAAUAUACAUCAAGAACAUCUUCUUACAUCAGGUGUUGACUGAGAUUAACAAAGAAAUUGAAGGAGUCACUAAGGUGUCUGAUCCUUUGAAGAUACUGGCUAGUGCUGACACCAUGAAAAACCUGGGAGUCCAGCGUCCAUUGUUACAGAGCACAGUCAUUGUGGAGAAGAGCAUGCAAGACUUGAUGAAUCUGAUGCGGGACCUUAGUGCAUACUCAGACCAGUUCCUAAAUAUGGUAUGCGUGAAACUUCAGGAGUACAAGGACACUUGCAAUGUAGCAUUCAGGAGCAUUGUUCAGUUGGAUGAGAAACUUGUGAUUAGUGCUUCUUGGGCAAAGGAUGAUGACAUCACUAGACUUUUAAAGUCUCUUCCUAACUGGCUCAACAUGACCCAACCUAAGCAGUCACGUCCAAAAAGAGAAGAGGAGGAAGAUUUUAUACGGGCUGCUUUUGGCAAAGAGUCUGAAGUGCUGAUUGGGAACCUUGGAGAUAAACUAAUUCAACAAAAUGAGAUCUUAGGAGAUGUAAGUGAUCUGAAAGCCUUAGCAAACCUCCACGAGAGCCUGGAAUGGCUGUCAGGAAGACUGAAAUCUGCUAUUGCCAACCUACCAAAUGCUCAAACCAUGUCCCCGGGCUCAGACAGUGUUAUGAGUAUGGACAUCCCUGCUGUGUCUGAGAUGAUCUUACAGACUUUGAAUGAGCUAGCAAAAUCCUUCCAAGAUAUGUCUGACCGCUGCCUUCUGGUCCUGCACUUGGAAGUCAGAGUUCAUUGCUUCCACUAUCUUAUCCCAUUGGCAAAGCAGGGAAACUAUGCCAUAGUAGCCAACGUGGAGAGCAUGGACUAUGAUCCCCUAGUUGUUCGCUUGAACAAGGACAUCAGUGGCAUUGAGGAGGCCAUGGGAGCCAGUAUCCAGCAGCACAAGUUCCAGUAUAUCUUUGAAGGACUUGGCCAUCUGAUCUCCUGCAUCUUGAUUAAUGGUGCCCAGUACUUCAAGCGUAUCAGUGAAUCUGGCAUCAAGAAGAUGUGCAGGAACAUCUUUGUCCUUCAGCAGAAUCUCACCAAUAUAACCAUGUCCAGAGAGGCUGACCUGGAUUUUGCAAGGCAGUACUACGAGAUGAUGUACAACACAGCAGACGAGUUAUUAAAUCUUGUGGUUGACCAAGGCGUGAAGUACACUGAGCUGGAAUAUAUAAAUGCCCUGAGCUUAUUACAUCGCAGCCAAACAGGAGUGGGAGACCAGACCACUCAAAAUAUGAGACUGCAGCGUCUCAAGGAGAUCAUCUGUGAGCAGGCGGCCAUCAAACAAGCCACCAAGGAUAAGAAAAUAACCACAGUGUGAAAUGGCCACAAAAUGUGGAAAUCACACAGAGCCGAGAUGAUCAUUAGCACAUUGCAUACAGUAUAUAAAGAAUUAUAUUACUCUACAGACUUUCCAACUUCUAUAAUCAUCCAUGUUCCAAUCUAUGAUAGUUUAUCAGUAUACUACUUAAUGUGUAUGUUAUUCAUUUUUAUUAAUAUUUUUCAGUAUAUUGUGGGCAAAUAUAUAUAUAACAUUUGCUCAUGUGAUCCAAGGCAUUUUGAACACGUGUAUGUAAUCCAUGCUGUGCUGCUGAAAGCUGUUUGUACUCUCAGAUCUGUAUUUUACAGCAGCUCCCUAUUGAAGCAGAGAGUGACCCCCUGCCUUAUUAAAAAAGAGCUUAUGCAAGUUCAGAAAUGUUGAGUUCUAAGAAAGUGGUGACUCCUACAUGUGCAUUUGUAAAUUAUAAAAAAUCCCCCUGCCACCCCCUUUUCCCUCAUUUUCCAUUUAGGAGGAAUUUGAAUUUGACAUAUUUAUGCAAAAUAUAGCAUAGAUGCUGUUUGUCUUCAGCGACUGAUAUAAAAGUUACGUGAAGCCAAAAAUGUAUGUCCAUAUAUUAUUUACGUUAAAAUGUAAUCAGUAUGCCCAUAAUAUUUGUAUGUUUAAUUGAAAUCGGUAUGUUGUAACUACAGUGUUUCUCAUUAACCUAAUUGUUUAAACAAAAAAGUAACUGCCAGAACUAUUGGACAGCUAUCCAAUGUAUUGUCUGUGAGCACCUUGCUCUGUACUAUAAGUUUCAGAUAUUACAGAGCAAAACCUUGUGAUGUAACGUUUCCACUGAUGAUCACUGUAUGCUUACUUAAUAUGCCUUCGCUGGACUAUAUACUUCAACUGUGAUUGUGCAUCUCUGAUUAUACCAUUCUUAUCUCCAGAUUAAUAAGCAUAUACGUUCAGAUCUGAAAAACAGGCGUACAGAUUAGCUAAGAGUCAAGGUUUAUAGACCAGGUAUAUUAGACUUACAGGGAACACAUCACCUUAUGUUGUAGAUAAGCUGGGAGCUGGUGUCACAUUUCUAAUACAAUGUAAAUGGGUCAGGAAAUCUGUUUACUAAUCUCGAAAUGAGCUGCUGCUUUUCUGUCCUUACUGCUGUUACUACAUUUAGUUAGCAAGAAACGGGCAUGGGAGGGAGCACACAUGAACAUACAGGAAUAUACUUUGGGAUCAAUCCCAGUUACAGACGGUCCUGCCUUAAUGCCUUGAUCCUUUUUAUUUUGCUGCAUUUCCAUAGAAAAAUGCUUAGUAGCUCAGUUGAGUAAUUAGUAUGUUUGGAAAGAAUAUGUAUUCUCAUAAAAUGACAAUUUCUGCUAUUUCUUUACCACAUAAUCCAGCAAAACAGUCUACACAUGUUCUCAAUUAUUUUUCAAUUCAACUCUUUUCAAACAAAAUUAAUUGUCACAAUGCAAGACUUAGUAACACUGGAGUAACACAUGGCUUUGUAUGUAAGCCUUCUAUUUUAUUGGUUAAAAGUGGUCAUAUGAUUUUGAUGACAUAGAAUGUUGCAGUACUACAGUGGAAAUCUGCAGAUAAUGAUUGAACCGGGUCUGUAUUUUAAUGGGACACUGUAGGCACCCAGACCACUUCAACUCAUCGAAGUGGUUUGGGUGCAAACUUCCAUCACCCUUAACCCUAGAGCGGUAUUAAAUGGAGUUUUUAUAAACUGCAAUAAUUACCUCUGAGGGUCAACUCCUCCUCUAGUGGCUGUCUACCAGACAGCCACGAGAGGGACUUUUGGUUGCCUAAACGACACUGGACGUCCUCACCCUAUGCAUGAGGACUUCCAGCGUCACCGGAAUCCCCAUAGGAAAGCAUUGAAUAAUGCUUUCCUAUGGGGAAAUCCUAAUGCGAGCGCAGCCAUGGAAGGGGAGGAGCGUGGGUGGCACAUCGGUGCUGGACUCAGGUAAGUGACCCCUUCUGCACCACGAGGGGGAGGACCUUGACAAAGGGUUAAGCUAUAGUUCUAGGAAAACAAGUUUGUUUUCCUGGCACUAUAGUUUCCCUUUAAGUACUGCACAAUUCUGAGACUAGUCAUAAAUGUUAUCUGUGAGUUUCAGUGUGAUAAUCCAGACAAUGUCAAGAUUAAGCAAACUGCCUAGCUAUCUGUGUCAAUAAAGUGAUACUUCCACAGAAAUUAUGUGGUUUCAUAACAGUAAUAAAUUGAUCUGUUUCAAUCA